CAGGAAGGAGCCAACUGGGACUUUCCUCCGGCUGCUGCCCGGCUCUACCCUCCUGUCCUUAGCCCAGGCUUCCCAGCUGCCAGGCUACACCUAUGGCGCCUCCAAGCGAGGAGACACCCUUGAUUCCUCAGCGCUCCUGCAGCCUCUCGUCUUCAGAAGCUGGUGCCCUGCACGUGCUGCUGCCCCCUCGGGGCCCUGGACCCCCACAGCGCUUAUCCUUCUCCUUUGGGGACCAUUCAGCUGAAGAGCUGUGUGUUUGGGCUGCUAAGGCCAGUGGCAUCCUGCCUGUGUACCACUCCCUCUUUGCUCUGGCCACGGAGGACCUGUCCUGCUGGUUCCCCCCAAGCCACGUCUUCUCCGUGGAGGACCCGGGCACCCAAGUUCUGGUCUACAGGCUCCGCUUUUACUUCCCCAACUGGUUUGGGCUAGAGAAGUGCCACCGCUUCGGGCUACGAAAGGACUUGGCCAGCGCCAUCCUUGACCUACCAGUCCUGGAGCACCUCUUCGCCCAGCACCGGAAUGACCUGGUGAGCGGCCGCCUCCCUGUGGGCCUCAGUCUCAAGGAGCAGGGUGAAUGUCUCAGCCUGGCGGUGCUGGACCUGGCCCGGAUGGCCCGCGAGCAGGCUCAGCAGCCUGAGGAGCUGCUGAAAACUGUCAGCUACAAGGUCUGCCUGCCUCCCGACCUGCGCGACCUGAUCCAGGGCCUGAGGUUCGUGACGCGGAAGCGCAUCCGCAGGACUGUGCGCCGGGCCCUGCGCCGCGUGACCGCCUGCCAGGCUGACAGGCACUCGCUCAUGGCCAAAUACAUCAUGGACCUGGAGAGGCUCGACCCGGCCAGGGCGGUAGAGACCUUCCUCGUGAGCCUCCCCGGGGCUGCUGGUGGUCAGGAUGCGCAGGGGCUGCUCCGAGUGGCUGGCGACACCGGCAUCGCCUGGAGUCCAGGAGGACAAGAGGCCCUCCAGCCCUUCUGCGACUUUCCAGAAAUUGUGGACAUCAGCAUCAAGCAGGCUCCGCGUGUUGGCCCGGCCGGGGAGCACCGCCUGGUCACCGUCACCAGGACAGACAACCAGAUCCUGGAGGCCGAGUUCCCGGGGCUGCCCGCCGCGUUGUCCUUCGUGGCGCUAGUCGACGGCUACUUCCGGCUGACCUCCGACUCCCGGCACUUCUUCUGCAAGGAGGUUGCGCCGCCGCGGCUGCUGGAGGAGGUGGCCGAGCAGUGCCACGGCCCCAUCACCCUGGAUUUUGCCAUCAACAAGCUCAAGACUGGGGGCUCACUUCCUGGCUCCUACGUUCUCCGCCGCAGUCCCCAGGAUUUUGAUUGCUUCCUCCUCACUGUCUGUGUCCAGACCCCCCUGGGUCCUGAUUACAAGGGCUGCCUCAUCCGGCGUGACCCCACGGGAACCUUGUCCCUGGCUGGCCUUGGCCGUCCCCACAGCAGUCUCCGAGAGCUCUUGGCAGCCUGCUGGGACGGCGGGCUGCACGUGGACGGGGUUGCGCUGAACCUCACCUUCUGCUGCACCCCCAAACCCAAAGAAAAGUCCAACCUGAUUGUGGUGCGGAGGGAUUGUAGCACGCCCACAUCAUCCCCUGUUCGGUUCCAGUCCCACUGCCAGCUGAGUCAGAUGACAUUUCACAAGAUCCCUGCUGACAGCCUGGAGUGGCAUGAGAACCUGGGUCAUGGGUCCUUCACCAAGAUUUACCGAGGUUGUCGCCACGAGGUCGUGGAGGGGGAGGUCCGGGAGACGGAGGUGCUGCUCAAAGUGAUGGAUGCCAAGCAUAAAAACUGCAUGGAGUCAUUUCUGGAAGCAGCGAGUUUGAUGAGCCAAGUGUCAUACCAGCAUCUCGUGUUGCUCCACGGCGUGUGCAUGGCUGGAGACAGUAUCAUGGUGCAGGAAUUUGUACACCUGGGAGCGCUGGACACCUACCUGCGCAAGUCUGGCCACCUGGUGCCAGCCAGCUGGAAGCUGCAGGUGAUCAAACAGCUGGCCUAUGCCCUCAACUAUCUGGAAGACAAAGGCCUCCCCCAUGGCAAUGUCUCAGCCCGGAAGGUGCUCCUGGCUCGCGAAGGGGCUGAUGGGAACCUGCCCUUCAUCAAGCUGAGUGACCCUGGUGUCAGCCCCUCUGUGCUAAGCCGGGACAUGCUCACUGACAGGAUCCCCUGGGUGGCCCCCGAGUGUCUCCAGGAGGCCCGGACACUCGGCUUGGAAGCUGACAAGUGGGGUUUUGGUGCCACAGCCUGGGAGGUGUUCAGCGGGAUCCCGAUGCCCAUCAGCACCCUGGAUCCCGCCAAGAAGCUCCAGUUUUAUGAGGAACGGCAGCACCUGCCUGCCCCCAAGUGGACGGAGCUGGCCAUACUGAUCCAGCAGUGCAUGGCCUAUGAGCCAGGCCAGAGACCCUCCUUCCGUGCCAUCAUCCGUGACCUGAACAGCCUCAUCACUUCAGAUUACGAGCUCCUCUCAGACCCCACGCCCGGCGCCUUGGCGCCCCGUGAUGGGCUGUGGAAUGGCGCCCAGCUCUACGCCUACCAGGACCCUACCAUUUUUGAGGAGAGACACCUCAAGUACAUCUCACAGCUGGGCAAGGGCAACUUCGGCAGCGUGGAACUGUGCCGCUAUGACCCGCUGGGCGACAACACGGGCGCCCUAGUGGCAGUGAAGCAGCUGCAGCACAGCGGGCCAGACCAACAGAGGGACUUCCAGAGGGAGAUCCAGAUCCUCAAAGCCCUCCACAGCGACUUCAUUGUCAAGUACCGCGGAGUCAGCUAUGGCCCAGGCCGCCAGAGCCUGCGGCUGGUGAUGGAGUACCUGCCCAGCGGCUGCCUGCGCGACUUCCUGCAGCGGCAUCGCGCGCGCCUCGCCGCCAGCCGCCUGCUCCUUUACGCCUCGCAGAUCUGCAAGGGCAUGGAGUACCUGGGCUCCCGCCGCUGCGUGCACCGCGACCUGGCCGCGCGUAACAUCCUGGUGGAGAGCGAGACGCACGUCAAGAUCGCCGACUUUGGCCUCGCCAAGCUGCUGCCGCUCGACAAAGACUACUACGUGGUCCGCGAGCCCGGCCAGAGCCCCAUCUUCUGGUACGCCCCGGAGUCCCUCUCUGACAAUAUCUUCUCGCGCCAGUCCGACGUCUGGAGCUUCGGGGUCGUCCUGUACGAGCUUUUCACCUACGGCAACAAGAGUUGCAGCCCCUCAGCCUCACUGGCGGCCCCUCCUCCUUCCUUCACGGAUGGCACCUCUCCCACCACGGGCGCUCCCUCUUGGCCCCAGGAGUUCCUGCGGAUGAUGGGAUGUGAUGGAGAUGUCCCGGCCCUCUGCUGCCUCCUGGAGCUGCUGGCUGAGGGCCAGAGGCUGCCUGCACCUCCUGCCUGCCCUGGUGAGGUUCAUGAGCUCAUGAAGCUGUGCUGGGCCUCUAGCCCGCAAGACCGGCCAACAUUCAGUGCCCUGGGCCCCCAGCUGGAUGCACUAUGGAGUGAAAGCCGGAGCUAGCAGAGUGUGAAACUCAUACCUUCCCUGCUUGUCCGGAGGGAGAAACGCACUCACUUCAUUUUUAUAUCUCCUGCACACCUACCUCUGGGUUCUGGUCUUUGUGAACUGGCUGUGUGACCUUGGGCAGGAGGUUGCCCCUCUCUGGGCUUCCUGCUUCACAGAGAGCCUCAGGGGGCAAAUGACAUUGCAUUUGAGGGGCAUCCCUGGCUUGUGGGGCAACAGUAGUCUUGUGGCCUCAGGAACUUGUAAAAAUUCAAGAUGAGGGCGCCUGGGUGGCUCAGUCGUUAAGCGUCUGCCUUCGGCUCAGGUCAUGAUCCCAGGGUCCUGGGAUCGAGCCCCGCAUCGGGCUCCCUGCUCGGCGGGAAGCCUGCUUCUCCCUCUCCCACUCCCUCUGCUUGUGUUCCCUCUCUUGCUGUGUCUCUCUCUGUCAAAUAAAUAAAAUAAAAUCUUUAAAAAAAAAAAUUCAAGAUGAAUGCCUUGGUGGGGCCUGCUGUGCCUUGAGCCCAGAAUCUAGGAGCCAAAUUUAAGCCCCUCCCAUCUUUCUAUCCUCUCAGGUUUUGGCCCUGAGCUUCCUGUCUCAGUGAAGACCUUGCAGAUCUUUAAAUACAUGAUCUCCGGCUUCUGUUCCAACAGCCCUCUUUUGCUGGAGGAAGCCACAGACAAAAGCAGUUGCCCUGGUUGGAAAUUCACUUUCUGGGGGGGAGCCUGCGUGACUUUUUGGGCUUGUGUGAGGAGCCAGGAGAGGCUGGGGUCCCAGUCCACCCUAACUGUACCAGAGCGUCCCGGGCCUUCCAUUUGCCCACUUGAAUACUGGGACCCUUUCUAUCCCGACCAGAGGGUCACUCAGUUGAUGACGCUGGAGCCUUACAGGAGCUUUUCAGCAGCUGAGGGAAGGAAAGGCAUUCUUGGCAGAGGGAACAACAUGGUGAGAGUGAGGAGGUUCAGAGUACAGAGGUUAAGAGCCCAGCUGUUGGAGCCCACGGUUCUGCCACUUAAUUGCCGUAUGAUGGUGGGCAACUUGUCUCCCCUACUGGGUCUCAGUUCCAUCCCCUGUACAAUGGGCAGAUAAAUGGUGCUGGCUUCUUGCUGUACACAGGCAGCUUCUGGAGGCUGGUGAGAAGGCAUCUGGUGCAGGUUAAGCCCCUCCCCCCCCAACUCCUCACCUGCCUGCAGUCUUUUCUAUCACUUUUGCCCCCUGGAAAACUCUUAUUUAUCUCUCGAAACCCCAGCUGUCACCUCCCUGCAGCCUUCCCUGGCAUGUUCCCGCCACUCCUCACCUGCCGUGUACUUACCUCUGACCCCAGGACUGGGGUCUCUGUCCAGAUCCCUCUCCUCUGACCUGGAGGCUCUCUGGGGGCUGGGAUGGAACAGGUACAAAGGGGACUCUGGGAGCGUUUGUUUAAUGAAUAAAGU